AGUAACAAAUAUUGGACGUAAAAGGACCUACUUAGAAGCUGGUUUUCCUUCCACUAAUGAACCGGAAGAACCUCAACAACCACCUAACGUCUCAGCUGAGCCUACAGAGGGAAAUUCAGAUGCACCAGCCAAGAAAAAGAGAAUACGAAAGUCAGCAAAGAAGUACAAGAAAGCUGCAGAGCGGGAAGAAGCAGAGAAGAAUGGAGAAGACAUCCCAGAUAAGCCAGAGAAACCCGAAAGGUCUGAGAAGAAGAAAGCAAAACUUGAGAAGACAGCUGCUAUUAAAAAACACAGAUCGAAUAAACGACGUGAAGAGCGCAUAAAUCAACGACAAUUUGACACAAUUUGCUACGGAUGCAGACAAAAAGGUCACUCAGUCGAUAAGUGCCCUCAAACAGAUAAGACAACUUUGUGUUACAGAUGUGGUUCAACGCAACAUUCGUUGAAAAUGUGUCGCAAGCCAAAGCCUAAGAAUGGGCCGGAGUUGCCAUUUGCUAGUUGCUUUAUCUGUGAUGGCAAAGGCCAUUUAGCUAGUCAAUGCUCAAAGAACGAGAGAGGUGUAUAUCCCCGUGGUGGUGAAUGCAAAAUAUGCCAAUCAGUAGAGCAUCUGGCAAAAGAUUGUCCAACGCGGUCCGAGAAAGAAAAGCCUGCAUUUGUUAUUGGUACUGGAACUAUCGGUGGGAAUGCAGAUGAGGAUGAUUUCCACGUACUUUCUUCCCGCAAGACUGACAUAGAAAAGAAAGAAAAGGAAAUCAAGAAAAUGACACCUAGACCGGUCCAGCCGAAGAACAAAGUUGUCUCAUUCUAAUUGUAGCUAAAUUAUUGGUAUUAAGUAUGCAUUUAUAGAAGAU